GCUGGAAAGCUACACGAAGAAGACACCCUAGCUUUGACGCCAACUAAUAACGUCCUUUCUCUUCAGUGUAUACGGAAGUAAACAAUGACCAAGAACAAUUUACACAAUAGCGUUUUUUCAUUCUUGUUGUUUAGACAUUUACAAACACCAUGGAACUAAAAAUAUGGCUCAUUUAACUGCACAGCAUCACCUAUCCCAUGUAUUAUUUAAUUCGUGUUAGAGACAGGACUUGGUUGGUAGAUAUUAUAUAGGUUACGCUAGCUGCUAACAAUGGCUAACUGUAUGGUUUUUCACACUCAAAUAGCCUCCAUCAUGGAGGUACUAGCGAAUGCAGCAGUGGCAGAGAUCUGUAAACUCGUAGACGACGACUAUGCAGUGUUUCGUUUGGAAAUAACUCAAAGCCAGAAAGAAAACAGGGUAUUGCGGAGGAAACUACUGGAAAUGAAGGUGUCACGGGAGCGCGCAGAGAGGACAAUGCGAGAGCGCGUCCUCGCCAGUCGUCCCAGAAGUGUCAAGCUCCUCGACCGAUACAGAGGAAUGGCAAGAGGUGAAGGACAUCUUACUGGAGGCUACAAGAGCUUUGUGAAGCCAGCGGGACACAAUACAUGGAGAGAUGACCAACCAGUCACUGUUGAUGAGGGGAGUGGAACCUCAAACCAGCAUGUUAUCGUGAUAGAGUCUGCAGAUGGAGAGGCUGCAGGUCCUGGAGGAUCGUCUCUGGUCAAGCAGGAGAGGACUGAAGGAGAAGAGGACCCACGGCACAGUAGAGACAUCCAGACUGUAGCCACGGGGGACCAAUCCAACACUGCCAUGCCCCAGCCCAGGACCAGACGCAGCAUCACAGAGUUCAGUGAAACGCCGAACGCCGUCCUAAAGUCAGAGACUGACAAAGAGACUUUAACUGUAACAAAAAGGCUUUUACACACAGGAUCUGACAGGUCAGACCCAGAGAGGCUGGGGCCACUGGGCUGUCCUCCUGCUCCUGGCUCAGAGUAUUUACCAGUAUUUCAUCAGAGCCAGAGUAAGGAUCAUUCAUGUGGAGAUGGUGAUCGUGACACGUUAGACAAUGGCAGUGAUGAUCCGUCUUGUUCUUACGUUACAGAGAUGGACCCUGACAACAUGCUCUUGGGUUUAGAGACACAGACUGAUCUAUCUAGAGGACACUGGAACCAGUACAGUAGUGGUAGUGUAUACUCUGAAGGGUGCCUAGAUAAGAAAGGAGAGGGUCUGGUCGUAGAUGAAUUGACUGUGAAAGUGGAGGGCGACGCCCCUCCCACAUGGGAUGGAGAUGGUCACCUUGGAGACGGACACUCACAGGGCAGAGAUUUCUUAGAUUACAGGGAAAGCUUGGAGACAAAUUCACUUGUCGCGACCCACUCUACUUUACACGCAUUCAGGGAUCGCGACCUAGUGUCCACGUCGAUGGGGCCUUCCGAUUCACACUGCCGUGUUCUUUUUGAUCAGAAAUUGAACUCAAACGACAGGGCUAGAGACCAGGCUCAGGGAGAAGAAGCCACAUCAGGAAAUAGUAAAGAGAAACGGUUCCUCUGCAUGUUUUGUAACAAAGGCUUCAGCUGCCUUCAGAAGGUGGAGAUCCACCAGAGGGUCCACACAGGGGAAAAACCUUUCAGCUGUACCCAGUGUCAUAUGCGCUUUGCCCAGACUGGUGACCUGAAGAGGCACCAGAGGGUCCACACAGGGGAGAAACCAUUCGGUUGCCACCUGUGCCGGGCUAGUUUCUCCCACUCCUCCAGCCUGAAAAGGCACCAGAGGGUCCACACAGGGGAGAAACCCUACAGCUGCCCCCAGUGUGAGAAAAGGUUCUCCCACCAGCACCAUUUGAAGAUGCACCUGAAGAUCCACACGGGAGAGAGGUCGUUUGCCUGUACACACUGUGGCAAAAGUUUCUCCGAGAGGAGCUACCUCAGGAUACACCAGCAGAAAAAACAUUCCACUCUAUAAUGUAGAAAGUAACCAUUCCGCUCGAUAGCUUCUGAAGUUUAGAUCAAACUCUGCAUUAAAGACAAAAAUGAAUUUAUUGUUGUCAGCAGAAAAGACCCAGAGAUGCAUUUGGAAUAACGAGAGCUACAGAUUUCAGUGAUGAAUAUUCCUGAGUAGAAUAUUACAUCCAGACAUGGUGUGAUAUUUAAGGCAUAUACAAUGCCUUUGGAAAGUAUUCAGACCCCUUGACUUUUUCCACAUUUUGUUCCAUUACAGUCUUAUUCUAUAAUGGAUUAAAUAAAUAUAAAAUCCUCAGCAAUCUACACACAAUACCCCAUAAUGCGAAAACAGGAAUACCUUAUUUACAUAAGUAUUCAGACCCUUUGCUAUGAGAAAUUGAGCUCAGGUGCAUCUUGUUUCAAUUGAUCAUCCUUGAGGAAAGUUCUACAACUUUAUUGGAGUCCACCUAAGGUAAAGUAAAUUGAUUGGACAUGAUUUGGCAAGGCACACAUCUGUCUGUAUAAGGUCACACAGUUGACAGUGUAUGUCAGAGCAAAAACCAAGCCAUGAGGUUGAAGGAUUUGUCCGUAGAGCUCCAAAACAGGAUUAUGUCGAGGCACAGAUCUGGGAAAGGGUACCAAAACAUUUCUGCAGCAUUGAAAGUCCAAGAACACAGUGGCCUCCAUCAUUCUUAAAUGAAGAAGUUUGGAACCACCAAGACUCUUCCUGGAGCUGGCUGCAGGUAGACUCAGCAAAUCUCUAGACUCAAAUGAUGUAGAAGUACAAAGUAAAAACAGCAGUAGUGGGUUAAUUUGAGCAACAACUAAGAACGUUGAAGCGAGAGGCUAUACUUCUCUGCGGUUUUGGUCCCGCAGCUGUGCACAUGCGCAGAUACUCUUUGUGACUAGGUCAGAACAAAAACUGAGUAAUCAGGCAUGCUUUGGGGGUGUUUUUCAGUGGCAGGGACUGGGAGACUAGUCAGGAUCAAGGCAAAGUAGAACGGAGCAAAGUACAGAGAGAUCCUUGAUGAAAACCUACUCCAGAGCGCUCAGGACCUCAGACUGGGGCGAAGGUUCACCUUCCAACAGGUCAACGACCCUAAGCACACAGCCAAGACGAUGCAGGAGUGGCUUAGGGACAAGUCUCAAUGUCCUUGAGUGGCCCAGCCAGAGCCCAGACUUCGAUCAUCUCUGGAGAGACCUGAAAAUAGCUGUGUAGCAACACUCCCCAUCCAAACUGACAGAGCUUGAGAGGAUCUGCAGAGAAGAAUGGGAGAAACUCCCCAAAUACAGGUGUGCCGUACUUGUAGUGGCAUACCCAAGAAGACUCUAGGAUGUAAUUGCUGCCAAAGGUGCUUCAACAAAGUACUGAGUAAUGGGUCUGAAUACGUAUGUAAAUGUGAUAUUUCAGUUUUUAUUUUUAAUAAAUUAGCAAAAAUUUCUAAAAACCUGUUUUUGUUUUGUCAUUAUGGGGUUAUUGUGUGUAGAUUGAUGAGGGGGAAAACUAUUGAAUCAAUUUUAGAGUAAAGCUGUAACCUAAACAAAAUGUGAAAAAAGUCAAGGGGUCUAAAUGCUUUUCCGAAGGUACUGUAAGCUUAAAAAGUCUGUUGCAUAUUGUGUUUGUACUGUAAGCUAUAUGAUGUUCACAAAUGUCUGUUUCAUUACUUCCAUUCAACUAUUGUUUUGACACUUUUAAUAAGAAAAUUAAAGCAAUUCAUCAAGUUCAUGCA